GGGUUUGAAGGAAAGUGCUACUAUUUCUCCAGCACUGAAGGGACCUGGGACUUCAGCCAAAGGCAGUGCUCGUCAAAUGGUGCUUCACUAGCUUCAAUAGACACUCAACAGGAGAUGGAAUUCAUGUUGCGUUAUAAGACCGCUUCUGAUCAUUGGUUCAGCCUUCGGAGGGAGGGAGAAAGACAGGCCUGGAAAUGGACAAAUGGUUCCAUUUUCAGCAACUGGUUUAACAUUAGUGCCAAAGGCUUUUGUGCUUACUUGGGUGACCAAGGGGCCUUUUCAGCGCGAUGUGACACACUACGAAACUGGAUAUGCAGCAAAUCGCUUCUGGAUCUUCCCACCAACACGUCAUCACUGGAGAGUGGUUACCAAUUAAUGAAGAUGAACUGCUCAGUUCCAGAGAGCUAG